GUGUAUAGCAGGUAAGAAAAGAGUUUGUGUUCACUGGGUCAUAUCCUAAUGACACUGUUUCACUGCGGUAACUGAUCUCUCUGUCACCUUCUGUUACCAGAGCUCUGGAGUACAAUUACAGCUGCAGAGACACCUAACACACACACACACACACACACACACACCUUGAAGCAACUGCACAGACCAAACAGCUUCAGUGAAGAAGUGUUUUCUGAACACGCAGCUGUAAAAUGUUUAAGGUCAGCAAUGACCAUUAUUUCACAGUUGAUGUUUAAAGGAACACACACUUCUGGGGUCCCUGAGCCCCUAUGAGAGGAACCACGGACACAGGCACCACGGAUCACUCUCAUUCCUGGCUAAAAGUAUACUUUUUUUAUUUUCGCUCAUAACUACUGGAAAGAAAUAGCGCAGACACUGAACAAGGCUGAACAUUUCUGGUGCGCAUUUGUCGAAAGGCAGAUCGUUCAGUUGUUCUCAUGCACUAAGCGUUCAGGUCAUAAUGGAAGUAUACUGUGCUUUAUAUCAGAUCUAAAGCAGUGCUCUGUUCCGUCUGUGAUCUCAGGUGUGGAGGCUCCUGCUGCUGCGGGUGCAGGUGCGAGGGGUUCGCCAUUCUACCAUGAGCUGUGGUUCAUUGUGUUGAUGGCUGGAGUCGUGCUAUUGCUGCUGGCUCUCAUUCUGGUUAUAGUUUUACAAAAGGCUCUCAAUACAACGCCCUUUACCCGAGAACGGCCGCCCCUCCAGCGCCGCAGCCCACUGGCCGUCUGCUCACCCAGCAACUCCUACCAGUUCGACACGGUUCCAGAAACAGUGGGAUCUCCGAACAGCGUCACACUGAAGGCCUUCAUGGUGCACGCGGAGGAGGUGAUUGAGAGUAAAGUGAUGGAGGAGCAUCGUUCUGCUGAGGGUGAGGGGGGUUUGGUGACCGUCUCAGGUCUGGACACACGAAACCCUUUACAGCGCAGCGUCAGCCAACUCAUCGACAAGAAAGAUGAGGAAGCAUGGGAGCCGCACUUCAGACGCCUCGACAGUGGCCUGUUUGAAGGUGAGGAGUUUGUGGACACCAUCAAAGGCUUCAGCACAGUCAGGAAGGAACACACCAUGUUCACCGACACCAACUUUUGACCACAUCAGCACUUUCUCCAAACAUCAUCUCAGAACC